GGGGCCACCCCCCCACCAGCAGCAGCAGCAGCAGCAGCAGCAGCAGCAGCAGCAGCAGCGUAGCGCCUGUUCCACUGCUGCUUGCACUUCAAAUAAAGACUCAUGGCAGCUCUUGCGUCUUCCGUGGGAUCGUGCGAUCCCACUUGGAUUUGCUGCUGGAAGUGCUGCAGCACGAGCUGCUUCAGCCCGGGUGUACGUACACCCCGCUGCUGCUGCUGCUGCAGCGGCCGGUACUUGCUGGUGUCCCGCAGCAGGUGCAGCGGGUGGCUCAGGUGCAGCACCUGCAGCAGCAGCAGCAGCAGCAGCAGCAGCAGCAGCAGCUGGGGCAGCAGCAGCAGCUGGGGCAGCGGCAGCGGCAGGUCGAGGCAGCAGCAGGAGGCGGGUGCAGCAGCAGCAGCAGCUGCUGCUGCAUGCAGCAGCUGCAGCAAGUGAACACAGCAGCAGCACGUUCACGCUGCAGCAGCAGCAAGUACACGCAGCAGCAGCACGUUCACGCAGCAGCAGCUGCUGCUGCUGAAGCGCGAGAACGCAGCAGCAGCAAAGCAGCAGCAACUGCACCAGCACCCAUAGCAUCGUCAACUGCAGCAACUGCAGCAGCAGCAGCAAAAACAACAACAACUUCACCAGCAGCAACUGCAGCAGCAGCAACUGCAGCAGCAGCAGCAACUGCAGCAGCAGCAGCAACUGCAGCAGCACCAGCAGAAACAACUGCAGCAGCAGCAACAACAACAACUGCAGCAGCAGCAGCAGCAGCAACUGCAGCAGCAGCAGCAGCAGCAGCACCUGCAGCAGCAGCAGCAGCAGCAGCAACUGCAGCAGCAGCAGCAAACCUGGAGGUCGUGGUGCACGGCGUGGCCGACGAGAAUCUUUCCUUCAAUUUUGCUUUUAAUUAA